GUGUCACGCCCUUUUGGGCUGCAGCUCUCUCUCUUGUCUCUGCUUUUUUGAGUUUUGGUCUGCCAUGAAAUUUAGGGUUUUCAGAUUUGAAUUUCCUGCUAUGGGUUCGCUGAGAUUAUCAAUUUGAAAGCGCUCUUUCAUCUCUGUCUUUAGACUCUCUUUAUUCACAGCCAUGUCUGCCGCUUCGAGAGGCCUCAUUCCUCGUGUCAGGCUUCUCUCGUUCGGCCCAACGACAACAACAGUAAUUAGCAGUAGUCACCGAUUCAGGAGGUUUUCUGCACAGUCGAUAAAUGUCGAGAAUGAUUAUGAGAUCGAUAGUGGAAGUCCGAAGAUCAUUAGAGCGAAACCGGUAGUGAUGACUCCCGAUUCGAAGAGGACUGGUGCAAUCGCCGUAAAAUGCGGUAUGACUGCGGUUUGGGACAAAUGGGGAGCUAGGGUUCCAAUCACUGUCCUCUGGUUGGACGAGAACAUUGUAUCGCAGUUGAAGAUGAUCGAGAAGGAAGGAAUCACAGCUUUACAGGUUGGUUGCGGUCAGAAGAAGGCGAAGCAUUUGACGAAUCCUGAAGUGGGUCAUUUUAGAGCUCAAGGAGUUCCAUUGAAGAGGAAGCUGAGGGAGUUUCCUGUGACAGAGGAUGCGAUUCUUCCUGUUGGUACUCCGAUAACUGUUCGUCAUUUUGUUCCAGGCCAAUAUGUUGAUGUCAGUGGGAUUACUCGUGGCAAAGGAUUUCAGGGUGGUAUGAAAAGAUGGGGAUUUGCUGGAAUGCCUGCAUCUCAUGGUGCUUCAUUAUCACAUCGAAGUAUUGGUUCCACUGGUCAAAGAGAUGCUCCUGGAAAGGUUUUCAAAGGCAAAAAAAUGCCUGGACGCAUGGGUGGGAAGCAGUGCACGGUUAAAAAUGUAUGGGUCUACAAAAUAGAUCCGGCAAGGAACUUGAUGUGGGUCAGAGGCCAGGUUCCAGGUGCAGAGGGGAACUUUGUAUUUAUUAAGGAUGCCGUUUACAAGAAACCAGAUAUUUCUUUGCUUCCAUUCCCAACUUAUUUUGCUCCACAAGAUGAGGAUGCUUCAGAGUUAGAACCUUUAGUUGCUGAUCUUGGGGAAAUAGAUCCAUUCAUGGCCGGUGAUUGAUAGAGUCAGAGAGUUCAACAUUCCCA